ACAGAUGUGCGCGGUCAUGAGCAGUAUAUGAAGGACAUUCCUACAGGGAAAGAUCUGAACUAUAUUAAUACUACAGACAUAAAGGAAGAAGAGGAGACAGAUGUGAGCAGUGAUGAACAGUAUAAAGAGGACAUUCCUACAGGUUAUUGUCCAGAUGACAGUACCAGGAGAUCAGAGGAGAAUCUUAUAUCUUCAUAUUAUAAAGCAGAUGAUCAUACCACACAAGAUACACAGAGAAUUCACACAGAGGAGAAGCAAUUUUCAUGCCAAGAAUGUGGGAAAUGUUUUAUUUUCAAAUCACAGCUUGAUAGACAUGUGAGAACUCACACAGGGGGGAAGCCAUUUUCAUGUCAAGAAUGUGGGAAACGUUUUACUAUGAAAUCACAUCUUGUUCAACAUCAGAGAAUUCACACUGGGGAGAAGGCAUUUCCAUGUCAAGAAUGUGGAAAAUGUUUUACUAUGAAAUCAUAUCUUGUUGACCAUCAGAGGAUUCACACAGGGGAGAAACCAUUUUCAUGCCAAGAAUGUGGGAAGUGUUAUAGGCAGAAAGUAAAUCUUAUUCGCCAUCAAGAAAUUCACACUGGGGAGAAGCCAUUUUCAUGUUCUCAAUGUGGGAAAUGUUUUACUUUGAAAUUAAGGCUUGUUGCACAUCUGAGAGUUCACACAGGAGAGAAGCCUUUUUCAUGCCAAGAAUGUGGGAAAUGUUUUACAGUUGAAUCAAACCUCGUUGAACAUCAGAGAGCUCACACAGGAGAAAAGCCAUUUUCAUGUCUAGAAUGUGGGAAAUGUUUUUCUAUAAGAAAAAAUCUUCUUGACCAUGAGAGGAUUCACACAGGAGAAAAGCCAUUUCCAUGCUUAGAAUGUGGCAAAUGUUUGAAUCCAAAAUCAGCUCUUGUUAAACAUCAAAAAACUCACACAGGAGAGAAGCCAUUUUCAUGCUCAGAAUGCGAAAAAUGUUUCAGGGAGAGAACAGAUUUGAUUCGCCAUCAAAGAAUUCACACAGGCGAGAAGCCAUUUUCAUGCUUAGAAUGUGGAAAAUGUUUUUCGGAGAAAGGAAAGCUUGUUGAACAUCAUAGAACGCACACAGGGGAGAAACCAUUUCCAUGCUCAGAAUGUGGGAAAUGUUUUUAUCUGAAAUCAAAGCUUGUUGAACAUCAAAAAACUCACACAGGAGAAAAGCCAUUUUUAUGCUCAGAAUGUGGAAAAUGUUUUAGGGAAAGAACAGCUUUUAUUCGCCAUCAAAAAAUUCACACAGGCGAGAAGCCAUUUUCAUGCUCAGAAUGUGGAAAAUGUUUUUUGGAGAAAAGAAAGCUUGUUGAACAUCAUAGAAUUCACACAGGAGAGAAGCCAUUUUCAUGCCAAGAAUGUGGGAAAUGUUUUGCUGUGAAAUCACGUCUCGUUCUACAUCAUAGAACUCACACUGGGGAGAAGCCAUAUUCAUGCUCAGAAUGUGGCAAAUGCUUUACUCAGAAAUCACAUCUUGUUGAACAUCAGAGAAUUCACACACGGAAGAAGUCAUAAUAACCAGAAUGUGGGAAACGUUUUUAUCCACAAAUCACAUCUUCAUAAAUACCAAAUAAUUCAGGCAGUGAAGCAGCCUUUUUUAAUUUAACUUUUUUAUUGGCAAAUAAUACAGUAAAAUAAUUAACACAAUUGUUACAGUAAAGCCAUUUAGAGGAAUAAAUUAUGAUUGAAAAUGCCUGUUAUAUAAGAAGCAAAAUGGGGGGAAUUUUAUUAUUUUCUUUACACUUGUUUUUGUGUUUAUAAGUUGCAUUUAUUGCGUAGUGAACAUGGUUGCAGGUUUUUUUUUUGUGACUUUUCAUCUACCACACUUUCUUAGUGUGGGUCUACUUUUCUGGCAGAUGCAGUGGAUAGUAAUUUUUGGGCAAAAUAUUUGCCCAAGUGGCCGUAUUUUGUGCAGACACACACAAAUCCAAUAGUAUGCUAUUUGUUUGUUGUGUAUUUCUCGCAUACUUA